GUACACAAUUGCAUAAAAUGUUCAUAAGUACGGUUAGGAUUAGUUGUAUCCGUUCUCAAAGGUGUCCGUGGCCGUCUCGUUUGGCAAGCACAGUAAGUUUUCUGCCCUGUCACCAUGAGAAUCUUUCGCUACGGCGACCAUUCUCGUCGUUUGGCCCCCGAGGCGUGACAAUAGCAGAUCUUGCACUAAGCAAAUCGAACGUGUUUCGUAAUCCGUCAAUCGCACACCUGAUACGGAGAUAUGAAUCUGGGUCGGGAUCACUUUCCAGCCAGCCCGAGGUGAAAGACUCCCAAAAAGUGAAAGUUAGACUAAAAUCCACCGAUGUUAAGCGGCUGCUAGGGUUUGCAAAACCAGAGCGAUGGAAUAUUGCCGGUGGAAUCGGAUGCCUAGUGAUUUCUUCUGCGAUAACGAUGUCAGUCCCAUUUGGACUAGGGAAGAUCCUCGAUGUGAUUUAUUCAACAUCAGCCGAGACGGGGAUUGCCAAAGAGAAGCUUGAUCAAUUUUGCUUGCUGCUGGCGGGUGUGUUUCUACUAGGUGGCAUAGCUAACUUUGGCAGAGUCUUUCUCUUCAGCAAUGCAUCAUUACGGAUAACGAAAGACAUCCGUACAAAAGUUUAUAACUCCAUGUUGAACCAAGAGGCUGGCUGGUUUGAUCGCAAAGGCACCGGAGAGUUGGUGAAUCGGUUGUCUUCAGACACAUAUCUGGUUGGCAAUUCGCUUAGUAUGAACCUGUCCGAUGGGCUUCGUUCAACGGCGAUGAUCCUAGCAGGAUCAGGAAUGAUGGUCUAUACAUCUCCCCAUUUGGCCUUGGUCGGAAUGUGCAUAGUACCAUGUAUGGCAGGAGUGGCAAUCGUGUACGGUCGCUACGUUCGGAAUAUCACUAAGGAAUUGAUGGAUAAAUAUGCGGAAGUUAUGAAAGUUGGCGAAGAGAGACUUAGCAAUGUGAAGACAGUUAAAAUGUUUGGCAAAGAGAAAUUUGAAAAUAACCUAUUCACCGAACAACUGCGCCAGGCUUUAAAAAUAGGUUACCGGGAAACGAAAGCCAGAGCAACUUUUUAUGGAAUGACGGGAUUAUCAGGAAAUAUCAUUAUACUUUCGGUGUUGUACUAUGGUGGAACAAUGGUCAGCAAUAGUGAAAUGACGGUAGGCGCAUUGACCUCUUUCAUUUUGUAUGCCGGUUACACUGCCAUUUCGAUAGGAGGACUAAGUAACUUUUACACGGAACUUAACAAAGGAGUAGGUUCGGCCACUCGUUUAUGGGAAAUAAUGGAUCGAAAAUACACUAUUCCAGUCGAUGGUGGUUUGGAGCUGAGUAGUCCAAAGGGAGAGAUAGUAUUUCAUGAUGUUAGCUUUAAUUAUCCAUCCAGGAUGGAUGCCAGCGUACUAAGCAAUUUGAAUCUUCGAAUCGAGCCAGGUACCUCAACGGCAGUUGUUGGUAGAAGCGGCUCCGGGAAGUCUACAUUAGCGUCUUUACUCUUAAGAUUGUACGACCCUCAAGAUGGAAGUGUAUAUGUAGACGGACACAAUCUCAAGGAAUUGAAUCCAACAUCUCUCCGACGGCAUAUAGGUGCAGUAAACCAGGAACCUGUUUUGUUCAGUGGAACUAUUCGAGAAAACAUUCUCUAUGGACUGAAUCAUGGAGAUGCGAUAUCCGAGAGUGACUUCGAACGCGUGAUUCGGGAAGCACAUGUAUAUGAAUUUGUACGUGAAUUCCCGGAUGGAUUGAACACACUUGUAGGUCAGAGAGGAAUAAUGCUUAGUGGUGGUCAAAAACAGCGUGUAGCUAUUGCUAGAGCUAUUAUUCGGAACCCCAAAAUUCUCAUUCUUGAUGAAGCUACUAGUGCAUUGGAUGCGGCUUCCGAAGAGUUAAUUCAGAAAGCAUUGGAGAAUCUAACAAAAAAUCGAACCGUACUGACAAUUGCCCACCGUUUGAGCACAAUUCGUAACUCAACAAAUAUUGCAGUACUACAGGAUGGAAAAAUCGUAGAACACGGAAAUUAUCAACAGCUGAUGCUGUUGCCAGAUGGUAUUUUCAAAGAGUUAGUACAGCGACAAACUUUCUCUGCGGCUUCGUAACAAUACGAAACACAUUUAAAUGAAAAAAAUAUUUAUUUAAGAAUGAAAUUCUAAGAACGUUAGGUAAAUAGUUGAAAGGCGGUGAGUGUGCAUAUGUUUCUUUUUCUCUAGGAAGUAAAAAAUUUAGUCAUAUUUGUUAUUACUUGCUGCUGGAGGCAACUGAAGCAGAACUGGGAACAUGGCAUAAUCCGUUGCCUGUUUUUCGCCGGGUAGCUAAGCUGUUGCUGCGACAGAUGCCGAGUCAGCAGUCAAAUGAUUAUUGUAUCAAGAGUUGCUACUAGCGUGUUCACGCUACUUUUAUUA